AUGCCAGUAGAAAGAGACAAGACACCUUCUCCGCGUAAAUCAAGAGCCACUAGCAACAACGAUACUUCAUCACCCUCAAAAGCAUGGUCACAAGCUGAUAAAUCAUUACUGUUCGAACAUGUCCGAGUACAUGGUGAGACAACUUGGGAUAAAGCUGUACCUGGGAAAACAGCUCAGCAGUCUAGAGAACAAUGGAAGAGAAUCCUUCUUCCUAUGAUCAGGAAACAAUGUAAUUUCCUCGGGUAG